CGGGCCGGGGGGCCCACAGACACCCCGCCCCAGAGGCAGGCGCGCGGGCGUUGGUGUGCCGUGUUCCCUCCGGGGCCGAGCGGCUGACCCGCCCCCGCCUGGUGGCGGUGCAUGGCGCGUGUGUGGCGGGUGUGAUUCGGGUCCGGCUUCAUUCGAAAAGCCCCCCUCACAUGGGGGCAGGAGGCCUUUGCGCCAGUCCACGGACGGACGCACGCGGUGGCGCGCGCCCCCCGGUUGCAAAGCCCACCUCGGGGCCGCGGUCAUGUCGCGUCGGCAGCCGGUAUUCCCAGGAAUCGUGGGCGUCGGUGUGUCGCGCUCAUGCAUAAUUGCGACUGUGAGUCCAAUUGUCAUUGCUUUUUGUGGCGGAGGUGUUGGCCCGUCUUUCUCCGAGUUAGGAUAGCGCCAUGAUAUUAUGGCCCGUCCUUGUCAU